AUGGCGAACAAAAUAGCUAACCACUCAGUCACUAUCGGAACGAAUAAUGUUUUUGCGACGAUGAAUAACCUCUUUUUGAAGGACCACAACGGCCAAGAUUACUACCAUUACUAUGCGGAUUUGGAUUUGUGCAAUCUUGCCUCGCUCAUCGCCAUUGGUGUUUUCAUCGACAACAAAAGCAUGUUCGACAACGCGGUCAACUAUGUGAAGACUGGACCUUCCAAUGGAGCUUUCCCUGUCUUUUCUGUUGCAAACUUUACAGAGCCGGGCUUUGAGAAGGUCCUGAUGCAAGGUAAAGAGGCCGGGCGUGACCAGUGUCAUGCUACAUUAGAUUUUGCGCUCUCAGGCAUUGUCGCGCAACAGGCGUACAACCAGGGGGUGGAUCUGUUUGCUACUUACGAGAAUGAGAUUCUGAAUGGUGCUGAAUACGUUGACAAGUACAGUGUCGGUUGUGAUGUGCCCUACACCCCAUAUUUAAGCUACCAGGGCAACAAAACCGUUAUUUCCAACAGCUCGCGCGGAACUAUCUGUCCCGGGUUUGAGUUAAUGUCUGCUCAUUAUGGCCAGCUCAAAGAGCUCAACUCUUUUUGGACUGAUGAAUAUCGUGACUAG